AUGGCCAAACCGAUUGUGCUUCAUCUGGGCGAGCCCAUCAAGUACAACCAUUACUUCUACAGCAACGACUUCCUCGCCCGCUUUGACGUUGUCCGGAACGACGCAUUGGAUCGCCCCUCAUUUAUCGAGGCCCUGAAGAACAAAAGAUACGGCGAUUUCGUCGCAAUUUUUCGACCGCACUUUCAGUCUGGAGGCGAGAUGGGACAAUGGGAUGAUGAGCUUAUCGCUCUACUUCCUCCAUCUGUCCGCAUCUUCGCCUCCGCCGGAGCAGGGUUCAAUUGGGCAGAUGUCGAAGCUCUCGGGCGCCACGGGAUCUGGUACGCGAACGGCGCAGGCGCAUCGGAUGAAGCGGUCUCGGAUACUACGCUCUACAUGAUCCUCUCAGUGUUUCGAAACUUUACGCGCGCCCAGCUGGCUGCCCGCACGGCGGACCCAGAAAUCUUUACCGCCGCGCACAAGCUCAUCGCAACCAUCUCACAAAACCCUAGCGGACAUAUCCUCGGUCUUGUAGGCCUUGGGAACAUCAGUAAGAAGGUGGCCAAGAAAGCGCAGGCUUUGGGCAUGUCGGUUCACUAUUUCGAUGUCGUUCGUCAAAGUCUCGACGUGGAACAAAGUCUAGGGGUUACCUACCACGAGACGCUGGAAAGCUUACUGGAGGUGGCCGACUGUGUAUCGCUGCACACACCGCUGAACCAGCACACGAAACACCUUAUCAACCGUGAAACGCUAAAAAUAAUGAAACCGGGGGCGAAACUAAUCAAUACCUCCCGUGGAGAGGUUGUCGAAGAAGAGUCUCUGAUUCAGGCACUCGAGGAGGGCUCGUUAUCUGCGGCCGGCCUAGAUGUCCAUUACCACGAACCCCAGGUGUCACCACGGCUCGCAGCAAUGGAAAAUGUCACCUUAACGACCCAUAUCGGCGGAGGUGCCUUGAACACGCGUAUCAACUUUGAGCUGAAUGCGAUGAAAAACAUCCUCGCGACCGUAGGAUCCCAAGGAGAGUUCAUCGGAGAACCGUCUACCCCAGUCAACGCGAAACAAGUGCUCGAAUACCUCAGUAGUGCCUAG